AAUUUAGAGUAUUUUCUAGUUUCUAUCCAAAACACACAACUCCCCCAAUCCAUAUAUCUAUCAUUCACAGUUAUCUCAUACACACCACCAGAUAAUCAAUCUAGUGGCGCCACUCUUCCUUCCUAUGGCGGCCGAAGCUUCACUCUGCAACUUCUCCGGCACCAAUGUCUCCUCGCCGCCCCUCCGCCGCUACCUCCUCUCCCCCUCCACCUCCUUCCGCUGUCGCCAUCUCCGCCAACAACGUACUCUUACGUCAUCUUUCUUCGGAACCCAACGCCUCAAUUCCACCAAAUUGAACUCAAAUUCUCACUUCCAGAAGCGAAAUCUCUCCGUUUUUGCCAUGGCUGCUUCUGAAGAUGUGAAGCGUGAGGUUCCGUUGAAGGACUACCGGAACAUCGGUAUCAUGGCACACAUAGACGCCGGAAAAACGACGACAACAGAGCGUGUGCUUUACUACACGGGUAGAAACUACAAAAUCGGUGAGGUGCACGAGGGUACGGCUACAAUGGACUGGAUGGAACAAGAGCAGGAGAGGGGGAUUACGAUAACUUCGGCUGCUACGACCACGUUCUGGAACAAACACCGAAUCAACAUUAUCGAUACACCUGGCCACGUGGACUUCACGCUUGAGGUGGAGCGAGCGCUUAGAGUUCUUGAUGGUGCCAUUUGUUUGUUUGAUAGUGUUGCUGGGGUUGAACCGCAGUCAGAAACGGUGUGGAGACAAGCGGAUAAGUACGGGGUGCCGAGGAUUUGUUUUGUGAACAAGAUGGACCGGCUUGGUGCUAACUUUUUUAGAACGCGUGAUAUGAUUGUUACGAAUUUGGGUGCUAAACCGCUUGUGCUCCAACUCCCGAUCGGUGCAGAAGAUGUGUUCAAAGGGGUUAUAGAUCUUGUUAGGAUGAAAGCCAUAGUUUGGUCCGGUGAAGAAUUAGGUGCUAAAUUCGCUUAUGAAGAUAUUCCCGCUGAUCUUCAAGAGUUAGCGGAAGAAUAUCGCGCGUUAAUGCUCGAGACGAUUGUCGAAUUAGAUGACGAGGUUAUGGAAGGGUAUCUUGAAGGGGUUGAGCCCGAUGAAGCAACCGUUAAGAGGUUGAUAAGGAAGGGAACCAUCGGGGGUAGUUUCGUACCGGUUUUAUGCGGGUCAGCUUUCAAGAACAAGGGGGUUCAACCGUUGCUCGAUGCCGUUGUUGACUAUUUACCGUCUCCGCUUGACUUGCCGCCCAUGAAGGGUACCGACCCAGAGAACCCAGAGAUCGAAAUCGAACGGCUUGCAAGUGAUGACGAAGCGUUUUCCGGGUUAGCUUUCAAGAUCAUGAACGACCCUUUUGUUGGGUCACUUACAUUCGUACGGAUAUAUUCCGGGAAGCUUGCUGCUGGAUCCUACGUGAUAAACGCAAAUAAGGGAAAGAAAGAAAGAAUCGGGAGAUUACUUGAAAUGCACGCGAAUAGCCGAGAAGACGUUAAGGUAGCGUUAGCUGGUGAUAUUGUUGCUCUUGCAGGGUUGAAAGAUACCAUUACCGGAGAAACACUAUCAGAUCCCGAGAAGCCUAUUGUUCUUGAAAGAAUGGAUUUCCCUGAUCCCGUUAUUAAAGUUGCUAUCGAGCCUAAGACCAAAGCCGAUGUCGAUAAAAUGGCAAAUGGGUUAAUCAAGCUUGCGCAAGAAGAUCCGUCUUUCCACUUCUCGCGUGAUGAAGAAAUAAACCAAACGGUUAUCGAAGGAAUGGGAGAAUUGCAUCUUGAAAUUAUUGUUGAUAGGCUCAAGAGGGAAUUCAAGGUGGAAGCGAAUGUAGGUGCCCCACAAGUAAACUACCGUGAAAGCAUUUCCAGGACGGCAGAGGUGAAGUACGUUCACAAGAAACAAUCAGGUGGUCAAGGACAGUUUGCAGAUAUAACCGUACGGUUCGAGCCAUUAGAGGCAGGUAGCGGAUACGAGUUCAAGAGUGAGAUCAAGGGUGGUGCGGUCCCAAGAGAAUACAUCCCUGGUGUAAUGAAAGGGUUAGAAGAGUCGAUGUCUAACGGAGUACUCGCAGGCUUCCCUGUUGUUGACCUUCGUGCAGUGUUGACUGAUGGGUCCUACCACGACGUUGACUCUAGUGUACUCGCCUUCCAGCUGGCUGCUAGAGGAGCUUUCCGUGAUGGAGUUAGGAAAGCGGCACCUAAGAUUUUGGAACCGAUAAUGAGCGUUGAAGUUGUGACACCUGAAGAACAUUUGGGAGAUGUUAUCGGUGAUCUUAAUUCGAGAAGAGGACAGAUUAAUAGCUUCGGUGACAAGCCUGGUGGCCUCAAGGUGGUGGAUGCGCUUGUGCCGCUUGCGGAAAUGUUCCAGUAUGUGAGUACAUUAAGAGGAAUGACGAAAGGUCGAGCGUCUUACACUAUGCAACUAGCGAAAUUCGAUGUGGUACCUCAACACAUUCAGAACCAGCUUUCUGCUGCCAAAGAAGAAGCAGUUACAGCUUGAUCUUUCUUCCUGUAAUUCUAUUUAAAAAUGUUUGUAAUUUUUUUGGCUUCUCAUGUUUUAUAGGACCAUAUGAAAAUCAUCCAAUUUUCCACAAGAAGAUAUACGAAGCAACAUGUUUAUUUAUUUAUUCAUAAUUUUGUGCU